AUGUGUGACCCGUGCUGCAGCUCCCCAUGUAUUCCCUGUGACCCGUGCGGUCCCUGUGACCCUUGCAGCCCUUGUGGUCCGUGCGGUCCGUGCGGUCCGUGCGGUCCGUGUGUCCCUUGUGGCCCCUGUGAUCCCUGCAACCCAUACGUUCCGUGUGGCCCAUGUGGCCCAUGUGGCCCGUGUGGCCCGUGUGACCCGUGCAAUCCCUGCAAACCUAGUAUCCGCACAGCCCACGACCUAAAUUGCAUGCCCCAGUGUCCGACCUUCUGUCCCCCGCAACACUGUGGUCCACGUUUCAUUACCGUGCAGCAGCCUCCACGGCUCGUUGCUCAGAAGAAGGUUAUCAACUGCACGCGUACGGUUAUCGACAAGCACGUGGUGCCGCAGACUAAAGCGAUCGUCGAGCCGAAGUUGAUCUACCAACCGAGAACCAUCUGUGAGCCGUGUGUCAUCUACAAAAAGAGGACUGUACCGCAGCCGCGGAUCAUCUAUUACAAGCGGAUCGUUCCGGACCCGAAGGUUGUGUGUACUCCGCGUGUGGUGGUUGAACCGAAGGAGAUCUGCACCACGCUGGUGUGUCACCCCAAGCCACAGGUUAUUCAGGUGCCACCGGCCAAGGAUUACUGUUGUGUACCAGCUGGCGCUACCUACUUCAAGAAUGGCUGCUGUCCACCAAGUGUGGCCGCCAUUUGCGGUCCGAAAUAUUGCUAA